GUUUAUUACACGUUUGGCCUUGACUUUGUCGAAAGCCACUCUUAAAUAUUGUCUUUAAGGAUUUGCAAAUCUCUCUCCAAAAGUAAAAAGAUUUGCAUAAUAAUAUCUUCAUCCUUACCACUUCCAAUCCAAUAUCACCAAACCCCUCACCCACCAAAAAGACAAUUAGAAUCUUGCCCUGUCCUUUUUUUUGAAUCCUUUUACGUAUCUUAACCACAUAUUUACGUUUGAUUGAAGUACAUAUAUAUAUAUGGACUAUGGUAAUAUGUAUAUUUUAUUUGAAUAUUGAAUAUUCUAUGGUAAAUAGAUCUCAAAUCUUCAUCUGGGGUUGUCCAAAGAUGGAAUCUUGAAGCAGAUAUUAACCCCCCGCCCCCAUGUUGAAUAAAUGGCUAGUUGGGCAGCAAAAGGUUGACCCUUUUUUUCUUUGGAAUUGAUGGGGUUAAGUGCUAGAGCUUCCAGAUUUCGUUCUUCUGUUUUUCCAUCUAAAUCUUUGCUUCCCAGACACCUUUCCACUAUGAGAACAAGAACAAUUUUUGGGAUCUCUAUUUCCCUAAUCAUCAUCAACAUGGCCGCUAUAAUGGAGCGUGCUGAUGAAAAUCUCCUUCCAGCGGUUUAUAAAGAAGUCAGUGAAGCUUUUUCAGCAGGACCAUCUGAUCUUGGGUAUCUCACAUUCAUAAGGAACUUUGUGCAGGGAAUUGCUUCCCCAUUGGCAGGUAUUUUAGUUUUAAAUUACGACCGUCCCACGGUUCUUGCAAUUGGUAUCCUCUUCUGGGCCCUGUCAACCGGUGCAGUGGGUGCGAGCAAAUAUUUUCUGCAGGUUGCCUUCUGGAGAGCAGUAAACGGCUUUGGUCUGGCAAUUGUGAUACCAGCUUUGCAGUCCUUCAUAGCUGAUAGCUAUAAGGAUGAAGUUAGAGGGACAGGAUUUGGGUUUCUCAAUCUAAUUGGUACUGUGGGUGGGAUAGGAGGUGGAGCUAUAGCUACAGUUAUGGCUGGUCAUGAAUUCUGGGGUAUACCAGGAUGGCGCUUUGCCUUCGUUGUGAUGGCAACUUUGAGUGCUUUGAUAGGAUUUCUUGUUUUCUCUUUUGUUGUUGACCCAAGGAGAAAAGCCAAUGUCCAGCAUGAUAUUUCAAAACACUCUGACAGGGAUGAAUUGAUAGAGAAAGGAUGCUCACAUAUCAAUUCGAUGUCAAUUUGGAUGGAGUCCUGGACAGCCAUGAAAACUGUCAUCAAACUCCAAACGUUUCAGUUCAUUGUUUUGCAGGGUCUAGUUGGAUCCCUACCUUGGACAGCCUUUGUUUUCUUCACACUAUGGUUUGAAUUAAUCGGCUUUGAUCAUAAUAGUGCAGCAGCACUUGUCGGUCUAUUUGCUGCUGGAUGCGCAUUAGGAUCCUUUUUCGGUGGAGUUGUUGCAGACAAAAUGUCUCAGAUAUACCCUCAUUCAGGACGUGUCAUGUGUGCUCAAUUUAGUUCUUUUAUGGGCAUCCCAUUCACAUGGUUCCUUCUUCGAAUUAUCCCCCCGUCUUUAAGCAGCUAUUCCACAUUUGCUGUGACUUUAUUCAUAAUGGGCCUCACAAUCAGCUGGUGUGCUACUGCUACCAAUGGUCCCAUGUUUGCAGAAGUGGUGCCUUCAAAGCACCGCACCAUGAUUUAUGCUUUUGAUCGUGCAUUUGAGGGUUCAUUUUCUUCUUUUGCUGCUCCAAUAGUAGGGAUUCUCGCUGAGAAAAUGUAUGGCUAUGAUGCCAAGUCUGUUGAUCCAGUAUUAGGAUCUGCAAGAGAGGCUUUAGCACUGUCAAAAGGCCUCUUUUCGAUGAUGGCUGUGCCUUUUGGUUUAUGUUGCUUGUUUUACACCCCUUUGUAUUGGACGUUCAAGCAGGAUCGUGAGAAUGCAAAACUUGCUGCUGCAAAAGAAACAGAGAUGAUAUGAUGAUUCCACGCUUUUCCUUUCUUUGUUUAUUCAUUCUUUUUGGAUCCUUGGGCUCAUCUGGCAAAUUAGUUCAUUUGGAUUUGGAGUUCCUUUCUGUGACCUCUGUGAUGUAUUGCCGCUGCACUGAUGGUAGGCCGAAACAACAGUGUUCCCGUCUAAUUUUGCAGAUAUUUCAUUUGGAGGCAGCAUCAACAACAGAUUAAGUCUCAAUUCUACUAAUCUCAUCUAAGAGAUCGUACUCACAAUUCAAGAAUGUAUUGAAACAAGCAGACGCUUUUGCCUCACAAGGUUAUGUCAGGCAUCAGACGGUCCAACUCUGAAGUAGUUGCUUCGGCCAUUUUUUGAAGUUAGAAGAAAGCAACAGAACUUUGCAUAGCAUCCUCUUACCACAAUUAAGUUAGUAUACAUCUGUGAUCUGACAUUGAAGUUGAAGUUUUGAUAUAAACAAAAAAUCUAACAUGUCAUCUUGUUAAUACCACUUUAAUUAAGUAUGUUAACAUGUCA